GUCAAAAUUCCUAUAACCUUACUUUUCCUUCCAGUUAAUUAUUUUCUAAAACACUUACCUACGAUUUAAUAAAUAAAAUGUUAAAUUUACAAAGAAGCCUCACGUGUUUAAUAUGCCGGAGAAGAUCAGUGCACACGUCGCCCGUUUUGACGACAUUCUGGGAGAAAGACGACAAAGGGGGCUACAGGGACUGGAAGAAAAUGCCUCCACUGAAGGACCAACUGCGAGAAGGCCUGAAAGACCUGAAAACCGAAAUAGGCGUGUGGGCCCAAGAAAUGAAAGAAAGGUUCGAAGGCGAUCCCAUACUAAUUUUCAGGCCGGGCGAAGUGGACGUGCAAUGGCGCUUCGGAACAACCGAGUCUUUGAACAAAUGGAUGGCCACCAGCGAUGCCGAUAAUAACGAAGGCUUCAGCACAUGCUCUUUAACCCUAACUAAAGAAGGAAAAGGCCUUUUCUCAGGUACAUUGGAUAAGCGGAUACCCAAAGAUGGAAAAGUUAAACGAUCCGGUUAUUGCAGUAUGAAAUCUCUAAGAGUUAGGAAAUCAUUUAAAAGGGACUCCCACUUGGAUUGGACUCCUUACAAUAUGCUGGUGAUGAGAGUUCGAGGAGAUGGAAGGUCGUAUUUGUUAAAUAUCCACGCGAAAGGUUACCAUGAUUUAACGUGGAAUGACAUGUACCAUUUCGUUUUGUUUACCAGAGGCGGGCCUUAUUGGCAAGUAGCCAGGAUUCCUUUUUCGAAGUUUUACUUUGGCUCUAAAGGCCGAAUACAGGAUAGACAAGUGUCGGUGCCUUUGGAUAGAAUAGCCAGUUUUGGAAUAACAGCCGGUGAAAGGUGGGGAGGCGAUUUCCAUUUAGAAAUCGAUUAUAUUGGAGUUGAAUUCGAUCCGAAUCAUAGAGAAGAAUUCGCUUAUGAAAUGUAUAAAACGGAAAGUGGAAUUGCUUCUACGUAAUACAAGUUUUCAAUAAAGAUGGUGCAACUAUAGGUGAUUACUAGGUACUAUAAAGAUGAAUUAAACGUCGGAUUUUCGCGCUGUAAUCCGAUAAAAUAAUAAUUUGUGCUGCCUGUUUUUAGGUAAUUACAUGAAUAAAUUGUUAAUUAUUAAAUUUGGUAUUUCUAAAAAAGACCAACAAUUUAUA